AUGCCCACCCAACACCCCCACCUUCCCUUAACAGCCACCCUCUCCACCCUACCCCCGGAAAACACCACAACUCCCCGUUCCCAUAUUCUCACCCUUCUGACCCCCUCCACGCCCAAACUCGUCAUCCUCGACGACGACCCCACGGGAACACAGACAUGCCACGACAUCGCCGUUCUCACAACAUUCGAGACCCCCUCUCUGCAAUCCGAGCUGCUCCGCUCGGCUCCAGGCUUCUUCAUCCUGACCAACACCCGCGCCAUGACGCCCGCCGCGGCGGCAACCCUGCUGCGUAAUAUCCUCUCGAACCUAAGGGCUGCCGCCGAAGCCGCUGAUGUGAAGUUUACGAUUGUGCUCCGCGGGGACUCGACGCUGCGGGGCCACUUCCCGCUGGAGUGUGAUGUUGUCGACGAGGUGUUUGGUGCCAGCGACGCAUGGAUUGUUGCACCUUUUUUCCUGCAGGGAGGGCGGUAUACAUUAGAGGGUGUGCACUAUGUUGCGGAGGGGUGUGUGAUGGUGCCGGUUGGUGAGACUGCGUUCGCGCGUGAUGCGACAUUCGGGUUUGCGGUGAGUGCAGUAAGUGAGUGGGUUCGUGAGAAGGCGCCGGGGCGGUUCGAGGCGGAGGGCAUGGUAGUGGGGCUGGGGGUGCGGGAGAUACGGGAGGGCGGCGUGAGCAGGGUGGUGGAGGUGCUGAGGGGCGUGCCGAGGGGCGGGGUGGUGGUCGUGGAUGCCUGUGCGGAGAGCGAUAUGGAUGUUGUUGCGGCGGCGGUGCUGCAAGCCGAAUCCCAAGGCUCAAAACUCCUCUUCCGCACCGCCGCUGCAUUCGUCUCUUCUCGCCUCGGCAUAAUCCCACAACCUCCGCUCAGCGCUCACGCCGCCGGCCUGCAAACUACCCCUGGUUCCCCCGGUGCACUCAUUGUCGCCGGCUCCUACGUGCCCAAGACCACUGUGCAGCUCAGCAGUCUCAUCACCUCGCGCGGUCCGCAUCUUAAAGUGCUCGAGCUCUCUGUUAACAUGCUUCUCUCGUCCCCCGCGGGGGAACUUCUUUCCCGCACAGCUGAGGCGGCAAGUGUAGCUAUUGCGGCAGGGCAGGACGUACUCAUAAUGACGAGCCGUGAGCUCAUCAAGGGCGGGGAUGCGGAGAGCUCGUUGGAGAUUGGGGGCGUUGUGGCGGCGGCGUUGGUGGAUGUUGUGAGGAGGGUUACUACAAGGCCGAGGUAUAUUGUUGCCAAGGGAGGUAUCACGUCCUCAGACAUCGCGACAAAGGCGCUGGGGAUGCGGCGGGCGAUGGUGCUGGGGCAAGCAGCGCCCGGAGUGCCGCUGUGGAGAUGCGACGAGGAGACAUGCCUGUACAGCAGGGUGCCCUACGUGGUGUUCCCGGGGAAUGUGGGCGGUGAUGAUGCGUUGGCGAGGCUGGUGGAGGGAUGGGCGGUGCAGGCGGAGGUGUAG